AUGGCGGACAUCAUCAGAGCGUGGUACCAUCGUCACAACAAAAUUGAAGCUAACGAGUCAAGAAAACUGUUGAAUUUGGUUGCGACGAUGUAUACUCCAUGCUCUGGUGAUGUUCCUCACAUUUCAGACAAAAGCUUAGCACCUUUUCACCGGAAUCGAAGAAGAUUGCCUCGGAAGCAGAGUCAUCUUGAAUGUUCCAAUAAAGCCAAUCGACAGCUGGUCAAGAGGAAUCGGCCGUCGUCUUCUGGUGGAACCGAACUUAAAAUCUCUUCACGCAACACUUUCACUCGAAAUGGAAGUGAGCUCAACGAUUAUGAAACAAGAAAUUCCUCGAAACCCAACUUUUCUUUGCAUCGUCAUUUCCAAAGUCGGACCGUGGACGUGGUACAUUCCCAGACGUUUCGCCGGCAUCAUAGUCGACAUCGUCCGUGA